ACUCAAAUACGACGCACGCUUUGCUCUUGUUCAAGCUAGUUGUUGUUGUUCUUGUUGUUGUUGUUGCUCUUGUUGUUGUUAUUGUUUCUUGUUAUUAUUGUUAGUACAAUAACUAUUAUUUAUAUUUGAUUAUUGAACGUAUUUGGUUUCGGUUUCGGUAUCGAUUCAUUUAUCGAGAUGUCGCAGCGCAAAUACAAGAAUCCCGUUAACAAUCAUUUCAUCUAUAACGAUGAUAUACGCAAGAGCACAUGCAAAAUUUGCUAUUUCGAUAUGGCUGGUCGCCAUUCGGAGAACCUGAUGCGACAUCUGAAGCGCAAGCACCCGGCCACGUACGGCGAGGUGAUGAUCGAAAGGCAGCGACGUCGAUCCGCCAAUCCGCCGCAUCAAACCGGUUCAAAAGCAGCAACCGAUUCGACAACAGCAACAGCAACGUCAACGACGACGGCGGCGACGUCGACGUCGACUUCCACAGCAGCAGCAGCAGCAGCAGCCGGUGGUCCGUUGUCAUCCAUGUUCAAAUUCGAAACGGAACCGCAUAAAUUGUUCAUCAAAUCAGAAAAAUUGACAUUCCGACUUGAUGAACCUGGCCAACAACCGCAACAGAUGCCCAUGUCGGAGACCUGUUCCAAUGGCUUCGAUGACGACGAAGAUGAGGACGCCGAGGAUCCAACGCCCAAUGGACAAUUCGAGAGCGUUUUUCUAGCCAAAACUGAGCUGCGCGACAGUCACUUGAACGAUUCCUGCGAAUCGAUCACAUAUCAGGACAGUCAUGCCGAUGAGAAUGCCUUCAUCAUCACCAAUUUAACGCAACACAGUUCCGAGACCCCGGCAAAUACUUCCUCCUCAUCGAACGCAAGUGCACUUCCCAUGCCCAACCCGAACUCAUCGGUAUCCUCAACGGCGACCGCAACGACAACGGUGCCGAAUUGUGGAGCGAUUGCAGCGAGUUGUUCCAAUCCGGAUGAUGCAUUUUUCCUACAAUAUCUGGGCAAUAAGUUUGGCAAAUAUUCCGAGAAUACCCGCAAUACGGUGCAGUUUCAUAUUAAUCGCAUACUCUAUAAGGCGGACAUGGGAUGCUAUGAAAAUGGCGAUGUAUCCAAGUUGUCCGAUGCGGAUAUUUAAAUACUUACUUUCGAUUUUAAGUGGAUAAUAAAUGACAUGUGUUAAAACUAAAGGAAUAUGAUUAAGAUAGAGAUAAACAAAAAAAAACAAAAACUGGGACUAACCCUUGGGACUUAUCGAUAUGCACAUAUGUUUUGUUGACCCGCACACUUUUUAUAACCGAGCUGUCAGCUUCUGAAACUAAUCGGUAAGUGUGCUAAGCUUGUGAUAUGCAAUAUAUGUAUACCUUAUAUGCACAUUUUACUUAUCAAACCAUGAGUUUAUAGAACAAGCAUAUUUGUAUGUUCUAUAUAAAAGAUGGUACUUUCUUAUAUAUGUUCCAGAAAAUUGGGUUUAUACAGAACAACUAUUGAACAUAAGAACUGUCAUAACAAAUACAGGUUUUUAUUUAUCCGUUAUAUUUGUCAUGCACUCUAAAAACUAGUCUGCAAAAAUCUGUUUAGAAAUUAGUUAUUUGUAAUUUACUGACACAAUUAAAUUGAAAAGAUU